GCUGUGCAAGGCUAGUCUCCCGAGUCGAUUGGCGCAGUCUCUCUCACGCUGGCUCGUAUUGAGUCGGCAGGCAGAGACGGUCGAGGACACGGACCGUUCACGUUGUGAACACAAAACCUCAUUGGAAGCGCUGUAGUCUGAACAUCAUAAAUUUUAAAGUCUUAAGCAGAUUACCGGCGUUCAGUGAUCAGAUGUCAGAUGAAGCGGCUUUACAAAUGCGACUAGUGAGAGCGAAACUAAUAGCGAGCCGUUCCAAGUUCACUCAGAAAUAGCAGUAACAGCCGUACGAGUCAUCAUCAGCUUGAUGUGGUUGAGAUAUCUGGAGUGGGUGUGGAUUAUGCCAGUUGCUUCACAACAGAAAGAACCACAGGUCGUUCAGUACCACCAUCUUUUGCCCAAACCUCCUUACCAUGGCCGCCACCAGCACCAUCAUCACAUAGUUGGGGGUCCAGAUGGCAUAUAUGUACCAAAUGACCAUUUUCCUCAGGAUUUAUGCAUCUCAGAUGAUUUAUGCAUCACAGAAUCCACAGAUGCCCAUGUUGUAGAGAGGCCUGGGCAGCUGAACACACUUUCAUCAGAAGAGCAAGAACAGCAGCACUUCAUCAGCACUCAUAGCCCCCCAAUAAUUAAUCUUAGUCCCAAUCUGAGCCCCUCAUCACUAGAUUACCAUCGCACAUCUCCUUUUUAUGACCUGCGCGAGUCCACAAGGCGCAGGAGUACUCAAGAGCACCACUCUGCUGCAAACCACCCCAUGCAGAACUCACCACAGUUCAUCCCGGGUAUUUAUGCUGAGGACUCAGGUAGAAAGAGUGAGAGUCCCAGUCGGAAAAAGCGAAAGACUUCUGCAAACAUAUUUGACUUGACUCCUUCACCAAGUCCUCCACCGGUUCGUGCCCUAGAAGUAGGAUCAGACAACAUUCGUGAGCGCAGGCGUAGUGCAUCCCAGCGGCGGCCAGCACCAGCACUCACUUCUGUGCGUGCUCGAAGAAGUCCAGGAACAAGGCGAAAAACACGAGAAAGACAAAGUUCUCAGGGCAACAUUAGGGAAUCACCAGAACCUCGGGCAUUCCAGCCCCCUAACUUUGCUGCUAGACAGCUUCAUCCAGCAGGUGUUUUGACCACACCCCAUGGUCAUCAGUCUCCAGUUAUUGCCAUUGACCAGGUGACAGCAUCCACGCCAAUGACUGUGACACCAUAUGCUAUACCUGUUUGCACAGGACCACAUCCAGUGCCUGUGUGCUCUCCCACUCACAUACCUCUGUGUAACCCUGCACAGCCUACCUGGACACUUGCAGGUGCCUGUGGCAUGUCUAUGCAGUUGCCAGGCUGUGCCAUGCAGCACCUACCUGCCUGCACCUCUUUGCAUGUCCCUCUCCCUCAUCCAAUGACCCCUCUUCUUCAUACUGCACCUCAUGCUCAUCAUUCAUCUGCCCACCCUCUGGCAGGCCAUGCAUCACACAGAGCUCGUCUUCCCCAUGGCUUGGGUCAGCACUCUCCUCAGUAUCAACAGCGCCUCUCCACUCAGGAUGAGGAUAUUCAGAUCUUGGCUGAGCAACAACACUCCACUUACCAUCAACUGGCCACUGGCUUCCACCACCACCAUCACCACCCACCCCCUCCUACCAUCCCCCCUACUCCCCCAGUCUUGCUGCAAGAUCCAGUGGUGCAUGCAGGACCCCCAGACAUAUAUGGUCCAUUUUCUCGUCUGUAUGCUCGGCGGGCCACAGCCUCUAGAAGCCGCUUGCGCAGCUCUGUGCCUCCACCUCCACCCUACCCGACAGGGUUCCUCCUUCAGUUUCUGGCAAUGCUGGGAAACCCUCCAGUGCCUCACUUUGGGCGAGACCCAGCUGACGAAGCUGCAGAACAGGAAAACUAUGAGGCCUUAUUGAAUCUUGCUGAGCGUCUAGGAGAAGCCAAGCCUCGUGGACUGACAAAGGCAGAGAUUGAACAGUUGCCAGCUUACCGCUUCAACAAUGAAGUGCGACGCUCAGAUUUAGACCAGACUUCUUGUGUUGUGUGCAUGUGUGAUUUUGAGAGUCGCCAGCUUCUGCGUGUGCUGCCGUGCUGUCAUGAAUUUCACGCCAAGUGUGUGGACAAGUGGCUGAAGACUAAUAGAACAUGCCCAGUGUGUCGGGCAGAUGCUGCACACGUGGGAACACCAGCUGAGUGACAGCCUGGGCAGCUGUUGUUGAUUCCUGACAGCAAUCUCUUGGCUUACAUCUUCUUCUUGUAAAUGGACUGAGAUAAGUUUGAGUUGACCUAAUUAAUGGACUGAUGACAUUUGAGGAACUGUGCCAUUCACAGAGAUUGGAAAAUCAUGGGACACAGCCUGAGUUUGUUUAUUAUUUACCAUAGUUGUCAGCUGUAAUUUGCACUAGGAUAAAAGAAGGCUGUAAUUGUUCUCAACUAGCUGUCACAUGUAAUUUUCAUCUGGAUAAAUGUUUAAAAAUACAAGAACUGACAGUAUUGCUGUUGUUGUGCCAGAAGAAGCUAAUAACAAAAUAAUAUGUAACAGCAGAAUGAAUCAGAUUUUUUUUAGGCUGUUCUAGGAUUGCAUGUUUACUAAAGCAGUUGCAUACUUCCCCCCUGACUGACACUGUUUAAAAACAUAAGAAAAAAUACUUGGAAUAUCUAAUGCAAUGCAUACCCACAGGGACAUCUGUGUGCAGGAGUACCUGAACAAUGUUAAAAUUCAACUCAUCAUUUAUGUUCCAACAUGACAUCAGCUGAUAUCUUACCUAAUGCCUAUCCAGAGGGUCAUCUAUUUUUGUCACCUGACGAUGUGUAAACUCCAUGCAUGCCACUGAUAUUUAAAUUGGGCAGACAUUGCUUUGCAUGCGUAUGCUCAGACUAGUAUCAGGUACUAUCUGGCUAAUGUAGUUGUAGUUUGAUAUUUUUUAGAACAUCAUAUGUUCCUGAGUUCUAUUUCGUGCAGGUCUAGAGAUAAUCCAAACGCUGACCAUAAGUAAUGCACCAGACUGUGGCUUUGAAUAUUUGUCAUCAGUGAAACAGAUUAUGGUCAGAUAGCAUGCAUUGUAGUAGGUUUAUCUGUUGGUGAGUCAGUCAAUGGUUUAGACAUCAGUUGUAGGGUCAAGUGGUAAUCCAGGAUGUAGCCCAGUUAAGCCAUUUGAUAAAAAUUUGCAGCUGACUGAUACAUUUUCUUUUUUGCUAUAUUUCGAAUGGGCUACAAACUUUACAAAACUUUAGGGAGAUGGUCUGUGCAACGUGGUGAAGCAGGUUCUUUGUGUGGAGAAAUCUGAAACUUUGACAAAGGCUUGCACCUCCAAGUCAGAGACUUAAGCAAUUGAAAAUAUAAAAUGAUGGAAAAUUAGCCACUUUUUUUACACAUAGGUUUUCCAUUGCAGACCUGGGACUUGGCAUAUGGUCUCAAAUUGAUACUGUUAGCCCACUUAACUCAUAAGACUCCAAUCGAAUUGUGGAAAAGAUUCCACCGAUGUAGGUGCUUUCAGGAUGUCAAUUCAAUGAUCUGUUCAGCUGUGCUUGUGCCUGACCUGAAUCUAGCCCAUUGUUCUGCUAACAGUUCUUCACAAACAUGUAAAGAGGCAUACAGAAAGUGUAUUGGCUUGCUGUUAAGUAUCAGCUGACUUUAUACCUUGUUUCCCACUCUUUUGCUCAUCUCAUCCUCCUUCACCAACAGGCAUGUGAUGUGUCUAAAAUACAUCUUUGUUAGUCUAAAGCUUUAGAUGGGAACCCAGGUUUACUUAACACUUUUGUUACCAGUUUGUAUCAUUUAUUGAAUAACAUGUUAGUGUAUUGCUAGAGAUGCAUGAGGGCAUACACAGAUUACAGGCAGUAGCUCAAGUGCUUAAAAAGAUUUCUGAAGUUUAGAAAAACUUGAAAAACAAAGUAGAGGACAGGAGGAACUCUUUGCACACAGUUUGAGUGAGUAUUGAUAUCUCUCUUGACAUAAAAGGGCCCACAAGAUCUGUCUUGUAAAGUUUAUAGGAGCUCAUGCAGGGGUCUAUUCAUCUAUGAAAGUCUAUGGGAACUUGUCUUUGGAACAGAGAUAGUAAUGUUUAUAGAGGUCCCAAAACACCAUUCUCCCCAUCCCAUGUUUUUAGGUAAGACCUAGUCAUAGCUCCAGACAUCAGGGGUGAGAUAUUGUAUAUGUGGUAAGAAUUGUUUGUGUCCAGAUUAUCACUUUGAAAAUGCAGUAUGGCGGGAAAUGUUGAUGUACAAAUUGUCAUUUGAAAUGUAUUUUGAACACAGAUAUGCAGUAUACAUGCACCAGUCCUGAGUCAUUAUUAAUGAUGCAUACCUAUGGUACAAGACGUUUGUAUGCAUCAGGAGACAGCUUGUGAUAGGCUCAUGGAAUGAGAGAAGUGUGUGAAGUGCAUGAAUAUGACUUACGACAGAUGAUAAUGAGAAAGUUUGAUAAUAGUUGGAUGUUUGUAUACUGUAGAAAGCGAGUUUGACCAGAAUUGUUGAUGUACAAGUUUUGAGGUGACAGCUUCAUGCUGUAUUGGAGACACAGAAUGAGACGAGACAGCAAGCAUCGUGUACUUUUGAUCUUUAUACCCACCCACUUUUUUCAGUAGGGAAACCAGGUGCUAAUCUAACCCUCUGGGAUAAAUAAAGUCUUAUCGUUUUUUCUUGAGGACAUUGGCUAUGAAUAAUACUAUUGUGUUAACUGAACCAUACAUGCAUAUGCAAACAUGAACCAGCUGUUGUUAAGUGAAAUUACUAAAGACAUAUUGCUUAGUGCCUGUAUGCUCACUUAUUAAUCAUUUUGCUUUCAAGAAAUACCUUUUUAGAAUUAUUGUCAUUGUCACCAUGUAGCAGGCAAACAAUAGAGGGGGUUUGCCUUCACCAUUUAGCAAGUUAACAAUAAAGGGAGGGGUGUUUUUGUUAUUAUUUACCUGGCUAACAUGGAUGUGGAAAGUUGAGAGUUGAAGUGUUUUAAAGCCAUUUCUUAAAAGGAAUGCUUCUUAUCUUUUCUUUCGUCUCGAUAACCACAGCCUCACUGGGGGUUUAGCCCUCUGCAGGUGGUCAGCUUACUUGAGCCACAUGCUGUCAUGCCAUGCCAUUUAUUAAAAGCCAGCAAAAGGCACUUGCUUAUUUUCACUCAACUGGUCACCUGUUCAUUACAGUAAUUAUUGCCCAGUUCAGUAUUGAUUAGUGCUCAAGUAGGAAGCUGAUUAUAUUUUAUUUAGAUAAGUUGGGAUUAAGAGAAACAAUUACCUCUCUUUACAUAAAUUUUCAGAUAAUUCAAAAAAAUAUUUGGAAAAGAUGUUGCAGUGGGAAAGCUUGAUACUGAAGUUGUCAUUGAUUCAAGUAUUAUAUGAACUGAACAGGCAAUAGCUUGAAAUGUCAUAAUUAUAAUUUCAGUAGCUUUAAAUGGAAGAUGUCAUUUGGCCAUGCACCCCAAAGUUUCAUUUCUUACUGUAAAUUCCCUUCAGAUAUUUUAUUUGUGUUUUCUAUGUAUCUUUAAAUGAUUGCUCAGUCAUCCACUGGAAUCAGUUAUUUGCUUAUGAUUUUCUUCUUUCUUGUACUUACGGGAUUAUGCAAAAGGCUCUUCUGGUCGUCGGCUAUGCUUUGGGUGCAGUAUGUGCAUGGCAGCAGGGUACAAUGGCUUCUUCUGUUUGUGUAACUUUAAAUCAUUGUACAUUUUCUUAGUAACACAGUUGUACACUAUAUAAUAAAUGAUUUGAUAUGUGUAAUAUGAAUAAAUUGUAUACUUGUAUUAAACCAUUUACUCUGUAUAUGCUUGACAGUGCAGAAACAGCUUUUCAUUUCCUUUGAAAGUUCAUGCAUAUUAGAAAAUUAAAAUAUGUAACAAUUUUAGCAUAGUUUUUCUUCUCAAAUUUACACAGGUAAGUUUUAUCUUAUCUCUUAUUUGUGCAAGUACAGUUCAGUUAAGCAAGCAGUCACCAGCACUAGAGGUCCCCUGUUUCAUAGUAACAUUGAUUCUCUUGUUACCUGUUGGCAGAGGUCUCCCAGCCUACCACCCUGUGCAUUGUUUCAUCCGCUGCUUACUCUGCUUAGAUAUGACGACAGUGAAGAUGUUAAUUUGUGCCUCAUUCGGGAAUACUUCUUUACCUGGCUUUGAAUCUGUAUGGUAGUUCUUCCAUUGCCAGGGUUGGUGUGAAACAUGAUUUAUAUCAGGAUUAGUAGUUGAUUCAUUGGAGUAUGUUUAGUAGUUCUUAAAUUGCUUGGAGCGUGGUAGUUUGUACAUAAUGUGGAGUAAUUGUAAUAGUUGUGGAUUUACAAAGUGCAGGCAGUUGCUUUUGAUCAGCAUGAAGUUACUGACAGGUAAUAUGGCAGGUGGCAUGAAUUCGCAAGAUGUCUUGCUGUCUGGUGUGAAUUGCAAGAUCUUUUCACAUGAGUGUUCCAUUUUCUGUGUUCCUUCAACUAUGCUCAUUCUUGCAUUUCAUAGAUGGCAUAUUCUGGUUCAUGUAAGUUCUUGAGGGUGAAUGUGUAAGCUCUUGCUUGACUUAGUGUUGUGGUUCUUUGUGUAUUGUACAUUUUUACAACUGCAAUACUGAAGUGAUAAUGGCGUAUAAUUCUUGCAAAGCAUAAAUCAUAUAGUAAUGUGCACUGUGUGUAGUGAACGAAGCACUAGAUAUGGUUCCCUUGUUUUCUUGACUUGUAACAGUAAACAGGCUUAUGGGAACCUAAAAGUAUAUGUGUGCCAAUUUAAUCCAGCUACUGGCUAUUUUACAAGUUAAAAUAAUCUUCUCCAUAUAAGUAAAAGUGCCCGAAAGCUUGAUCUGUUUACUAGCCAAAGUUUAAAGGUACUUUCUUGUCAAGCAGCAUGGGUGCAUGUACAUACUACUAGUAUUAGCAUUUAGACAAAACUACAAAAAGGCUGUUGUUGAGAGCUGCCUUAUUAGUGUCACUGCAGUAAUAAUCAGGGGUUAUAACCUCUACCUCUAAAAUGCUUGAAUCUGCAUAAAAAUUAUACGCCAUACAAUCCCUACAGGGCAGAAGUUGGUGUUUCACAGUGUUGUUAAAAUAGAGGUCCUUUUAUUUCCUUUUUAUAGCAGUAAUAAUUUUCAAGAAUAUUCAUUUUCAAUUCUGAUGAUGGCUAGCCAGUUUUUCCCAGUUCAUGAAUAUUAGUUUAAGACAACAACGUGUUUUAGAUUUAUACGAGUUGUGUGAAACAUGAUUUACAUCGGGGUUAGUAGUGGGAAUACUGCACCAUGUUAAGUAAUAAGUUGUACUAAUAUGGACAUGGAGAUUGCAUGCCCAGAUUCAGAUUUGUAUUUUUUUUUUUUUUAAUGAUUCACUUACACGAGGCCAGUGUACAGCAAGAGCUAAAUGGGAACUCCACAUUUGUAAAGCUUUUUCUGUCCGAUAUAGCUGAACAUUAAACAUUGUUGGAUGUCUGCCUGACAUGGAAAGUAGAGGUAUAUAGUUCCUUACCAUCUGCAAUUGCCAGCCGUUGUGAAUUACUUAUCAGUCCUCAUCAGCUUUAUAACAACAUGUUAAGAUUUACUUAUAAAAAAAAAGUUUAUUUUUAAAUUUUGCAGUAGACAUUUGGUUUCUCUGCCUCAAGCAAAUAUUGAGACGCCCUGUCGUCACUUAACGGAUCAUAGGAUACUGCAGAAAUCAGGUUUUCAUGUUCAGCAUAAUCUCUUUUGUAUUGCCAAAAUAGUGUUUUGUGUUGAUUUUAGACUUUCUGUUAUUUUAGAUGGAUAUCAUGCUUGAAUAACACACUUUUAUGUGAUGCUCUAUGCCAGACAGGAGAUUGUAAGCUAAGGAGGGGCAUUAGGAUUAAAAUUGAGUAUGAACCUUCCUGUACUGCUUUAGAAAAAAGGCACUAGCUCACAAUUUAGUACCAAGUGGGUGUACAGUGACCUGUCAUUUGAUUCUGUAGUGUCCUAUGGUUAUGUAGCGUGUUCUGCUUGUUGUGCUGUGUUAUAGGGUGCCACAAGAAACUGAAUAACCUUGUCAUACUGAUUAUAAUGACCUAUUGAACUAAUGAGAAAGUUAUAGGUAGGUUUUGAUAACCUUGCCAUAUUGUCAUACUGAUUAUAAUGACCCAUUGAACUAAUGGGAAGGUCAGUUAUAGGUAAGAAAUAUCGCAUGAACAUAUAACUGUCAUUAUAUACAGAUCUUUGCUUUUAACCUUUUAAAACUAUGGAAGGUUUUGUUUGUGUGGCAUCUCUCCUCACCUAUUGCUGCAACACCUGCAGCAUGUGGCUGUUGUAUUUUCUGUGGGGGCCCUGUAUUGAAGUUGAGCAUCAAGUAUGCCUACAGUUUCUCCACAGAAGUCCUGCUUACAGAAUCCAUUCACCAUAUUGUGCGAGUCACAAAAGGAACAUUCAAGGGACCUGGCUGAAUAAUAUGGGUUGUCAACCCACACUUGUGGCUGAAUAUGGGUUGUCAACCUGCACUUGUGGGUGCAAAGCAUGUUUAUCUACCUCUGCAUCAAUGCUCCUUGUUGCCUUUGACUUUCAGGGUGUGGGUGUGUGUGCAAGUGUGGGUGUAUGGAUUUCAACAUGCAUGGAGUAGAACAGUAUCUUUACCAUUAGUUGUGAAACUUAAUGAUGCAAUUAGAGCUAUGUGUAUCAAUAUUUCACAAAUAUUAUAAUGCAAAAAAUCUAAUGAAUAUAAAAAAUAUCCUUAAUAUUAUACUGGCAAUAAAAAUGAAAAGGAGAAAGAAA